AUGGAGGAGGGGCGACCUCGGAGCAGCCUCAGCCUGGCCAGCAGCGCCUCUACCAUCUCUUCCCGCAGCAGCUUGAGCACCCAGAAGCCCACUCGGGCAGUAAACAAGGUCCAUGCCUUUGGGAAGAGGAACAAUGCACUCCGAAGGGAUCCCAACCUGCCUGUGCACAUCCGGGGCUGGCUUCAUAAACAGGAUAGCUCCGGACUACGGCUUUGGAAACGUCGCUGGUUCGUCCUCUCUGGCCAUUGCCUCUUCUAUUACAAGGACAGCCGCGAGGAGAGUGUCCUGGGAAGUGUCCUGCUCCCCAGCUACAGUAUUAGGCCAGAUGGGCCCGGAGCACCCCGAGGGCGGCGCUUCACCUUCACGGCAGAGCAUCCGGGCAUGAGGACCUAUGUCCUGGCGGCUGACACAUUAGAAGACCUGCGGGGCUGGCUGCGGGCCUUGGGCCGGGCCUCCCGCGCGGAGGGGGAAGAUUGUGGGCGACCCAGGACACCCGCAAGUCCCCAGCGUGGGGAGGGCCCUGGCGGUCCAGGGGGUCCCCCGGAGGUGAGCAGAGGGGAAGAGGGACGCAUCUCAGAAUCACCAGAGAUGGCUCGGUUCUCUAGAGGUCAUGGCCGACCUGGGCUGCUCACUCCCAGCCCCACAGCCGACCUCCAGUCUGGACCCCGGAUUCGGCGGACUAGGAGCCCCGACCUGUUCACGCCCCUGUCUCGCCCGCCCUCCCCUCUGAGCCUUCCGCGUCCCCGUUCUGCUCCUGCGCGGCGGCCCCCUCCUUCCUCGGGAGACGCAGCGCUCCCUGCCCGACCUCACACCCCCUUGAGUCGCAUCGAUGUCAGGCCUCCUCUGGAUUGGGGCCCCCAGCGACAGACUCUAUCACGUCCCCCCACUCCUCGCCGAGGACCCUCCUCCGACGCUGGCGGAGGAAAGCCCCCCAGGAGUCCCCAGCACUGGAGUCAAGAACCUAGACCACGGAGAGGAGAGGCCCCAUCUGGCUCCUCCACCUAUCUCCAGCUCCCCCCAAGACCCCCUGGAACCCGGGCCUCUAUGGUUUUACUGCCAGGUCCCCCCCUGGACUCAAACUUCCACCAAAGCCUGGAGACAGACACUCUUUUGACCAAGUUGUGUGGGCAGGACCGGCUCCUGAGGAGGCUGCAGGAGGACAUAGACCAGAGGCAGGAGGAGAAGGAGCAGCUAGAGGCCGCCCUGGAGUUGACCCGGCAGCAGUUGGGUCAGGCAGGCAGGGAGGCUGUGGGUCCUGGGAAGGCCUGGGGUCGCCAGCGCCUGCUGCAGGACCGGCUGGUCAGUGUGAGAGCUGCCCUUUGUCACCUGACCCAGGAGCGAGAGCGGGUUUGGGACACAUACAGUGGCCUGGAGCAGGAACUGGGCACCUUAAGAGAGACCCUCGAAUACCUGCUGCACCUCGGUUCCCCCCAGGACAGAGCAUCGGCUCAGCAGCAGCUGUGGAUGGUAGAAGACACGCUGGCUGGUCUGGGUGGCCCUCAGAAAGCACUCCCCCACACUGAGCCUGACUCCCCAUCCCCUGCACUCCAAGGCGAGGAGUCCUCAGAGAGGGAGAGUUUGCCUGAGUCCUUGGAACUGAGCUCCCCUCGGUCCCCUGAGGCUGACUGGGGGCGGCCCCCUGGAGGUGACAGAGACUUUGCCAGCCCUCGGUCAGGUCUUGGAUCUCCGAGGGUCUCCCGGGCUUCUAGUCCUGAGGGUCGCCGCCCCACUUCUCCGCAACUGGGAACCAAGGUCCCCACAACCCGGCCUCGGAUGAGUGCUCAGGAGCAGCUGGAGCGUAUUCGCAGGAACCAGGAGUGUGGACGGCCUCUCCCACGCCCCACCUCCCCCCGGCUGCUCACUCUAGGGAGGACACUGUCCCCAGCCAGACGCCAGGCAGACCUGGAGCAAAAGUCUGUCCUAGGAGCUGCAAAAUGGCUCAGAAGCUCAGGGUCCUGGAGUAGUCCUAGGAACACUACCCCUUACUUGCCGACUUCCGAAGGCCACCGGGAGCGGGUCCUUAGCCUCUCCCAAGCCCUGGCCACUGAGGCGUCGCAGUGGCACAGAAUGAUGACAGCCUCUCCAGAUGGAAAUGUGGACUCGCGAGGAGAGCCUCUCCCCCCGGCGCCGCCGCCUCCUUCGGACCCCACUCUCCAGGUGACCUCUCACCCAAGAUGCUCUCCGAUGGCUAAUUCCGAUUCUGCGGGAUUCUCGCGCGGUGGUAAUGGGCGUGGUGGAGGCCCCGCCCACUGGGAGCCCACGUGGGACUCCGGGAACGCCCCUCCCGCCCAGACUCAAGAGGAGGGGGCGUGGCCACUGAGGGUCACGUUGCUCCAGUCCAGCUUCUGACCCGCUCAAAUGCGACAGCCAAUCGGAGAGUGGGGGCGUGGCCUUGAGGACCAGCGGGAGAGCUGGACUGUGUCUGGAACCUGGGGGCGUGAUCUGGUCCCCACCUGGGAGGGGCGUGGCUUUACGGCCAACCUUUGAUUUUCCCCAACAAUGUCCAAAUUUGCAUUAAAACUUUGAACUUUUA